AGUAGUGAAGAGAAAUGGAGAUUCUCGACUUGCCUCAACUCUCCGUCCAGCCCAGUUUGCGAAAGUUCAGAUUCGCAGUUUAAUUUUUUUGGACAACUUUUCUCCAAAUUUUGAUACUCUUGGGAAGAUUCUCCUUUUCGGAGAAAGUGAAGAUUUAUUUUCUUUCUGCAUUGGAAAUUAUAAAACAAGAGAUACAAAAUGUCCUUGAUCCCGUUGUUUGUCGUUCGACGGGCUCUCAAUGCUAAGACAAUCACUUUCAUCCAACAGAACCGAACCAUGGCUGGUUAUUGGAACAGGGACUGGAGACCUGCUGUAGAGCUUCCAAAAACGGAGGAAGAAAAGAGGGCCGCUGCCAAAAAGUAUGGUAUGAUUCUUGAGGAUUACGAGACGUUCGCAGACGACGGCACUGGAUACGGAGACUAUCCCAAACUGCCACUGAUCAGUGCUGAAUCAAGGGACCCACAUGCAUUGUACGAUAUCCCAGAAUUGAAGCGAAAUUUUGGAGAGCCAAUGGCUGUUGAUGCUGACAUGGUUGGUGAGGAUCGGUGGGAUAUCAGCAGACGCCUACGAUUCCCAAUUACUCAUAUGGUGGCAGCAUACGUUGGUGUCAUGUCCAUGUUCGCAUUGUUAUUUUUUAUUGGGGAAGAAAUUCGUUUGUAUCCAGUGAAAAUGAUGAAUAAGCACAUGUUAACCGAUGGCAAGAAGCACUACUCGUUUGAGCUAGAAGAUAAAUGAACAGUCAAAUAAUAGUCAAUCAUUCUAUUCUGUCUAGGGUAGAAUUAUGUAAGUAUAGUAUGGAGUACGAAUUGUCAAAAUUGGAGUGUAAAAAUUGAAACCUCUUCUGUUAUAUUAAAUCAAAAUAAAUCGCAGGUUGUCUUAACUAAA